AUGGCCUCGGCUUCGAAUGACGAGAUGGGGUCCUGCAUGAAAGUACAGGCCGCGCUCAGGACGGCGCUGCCCAGGCCGGAGCGAUGGGCGCAGGCCGCGCGCAGGGUGCUCAAUCAGCCGGCACAGGGCAGCGCAGAGUGGAUCUUCUGCGCGCCCCAGUGGCAGGCGGCCCCGCCGCGGGCGCCGCAGGGCGGCAGAGCGCAGCGCGCCCGAGAAGAACAGUGGCUGAGUGCAGCCCCGCCCCUCGUUCCACCUGGACUCCUCAAUCCUUCUGAAGCCCCGCUCCUCUGUCCAUUCCGCCUCCAUGUUCCUCCGGCGUGGUGGUGGUCUGCCUCUGAGGCACGCGGCCACCAGGACAGACGAUUCAUUACGGAGUCCGCAUCUCUCACCCAUUUUGCGUGCGUGUGAGGCCCCUGAGGAAAAUGGCCACCGGGACAGACUACGGAAUUGGCACUUCUCAGCUGUUUCGUACGCAUGGGAGGCCACCGCCUUCUGCCAUCAGCAUCGGUUCACGACCAUGGGGUGGAGGAGAGGCAUUAUUCGCGGUCGCUCGCUUGCUUCUCCUUAACCGUUGCGGACCGAGCACGGUGAUGUUGCGAUGAACGUCCCAGCGCAGCUGCGCCCGCGACGGUGCAUGGGAGGCCACUUCCUUCUGCCAUCAGCUUUUUUUCACGAGACGUUGGGGGCGGCGGUAGAUCUGGAUGUGGUAGGGUGGAACCUUUUUGGUUCGUGGCGAUUGUUCGUUGACACGCGUUUCACCACUCGGCACACA